AAGGAGUCAUUCCCUGGAAGAAGUUCUGUGCUCUCAGAGGUCAUUCUGCCUGAGUGUUCAUAUGGCUCUCCUCAUCUUGCUGUUCCUGCUGCCAAGUCCCUUACAUUCCCAGUCCACCUGUAGUAUCUCCAAAGAGAUCAGUCUGCUGGAAGUAAACUGUGAGAACAAGAAGCUGACAGCAUUGCCUGCAGACCUGCCAGCAGAUACAGGCACCCUCUACCUGGGCAAGAACCAACUGGGUACCUUCUCCACAGCAUCCCUGGAGCAUUUCACUCACCUCAUUCAUCUGUACCUGGAUAAAUGUGAGCUGACCAGUCUGCAGACUAAUGGAAAACUGUUAAAGCUGAAAACUCUGGACUUAUCUCACAAUAACCUGAAAAGCCUGCCCUCCCUAGGACAGGCACUGCCUGCACUCACUAGUCUAACCAUCUCCUUCAACAAGCUGGGCUCACUGUCUCCUGGUAUCCUAGAAGGCCUAAGCCAGCUCCAGUUUCUCUACUUGCAGAACAAUGAUCUUAAGAGUCUGCCUCCUGGGCUCUUGAUGUCCACAACCAAGCUGAAGAAACUCAAUCUGUCCAACAACAAAUUGCGUGAGCUGCCCCCGGGGCUCCUAGAUGGGCUAGAGGAUCUUGACACCCUCUACCUUCAUGGGAACUGGCUACGCACAAUACCAAAGGGCUUCUUUGGGACCAUCCUCCUGUCUUUUGUUUUUCUCCACAGCAACACCUGGUAUUGUGACUGUGACAUCCUCUACUUCCGUAGCUGGCUCCAGGAAAAUAUCAACAAUGUCUACUUAUGGAAGGAGGGUGUGGAUCUCCAGGGCAUGACUCCUAAUGUGGCCAGUGUACGAUGUGCCAAUUUGAACAAUGCACCUGUCUACUCCUACCCAGGGAAGGGCUGCCCUACCACUGGUGGUGACACAGACUAUGAUGACUAUGAUGAUGUCCAUGAUGUUCCUGCCACAAGGACUGAGGUCAAGUUCUCUACUAACACUAAAGCUCAUACUACCCACUGGGGCCUACUCUCUGAAGCGUCUUCUACUUAUCAAGACAGCCAAAUGACUUCUUUGCCUUCAACCCAUGAACCCAGUAAGAAACAAUCUACAUUCACCCACACACAGAUUCCAGGUUUCACCACACUCUCAAACACCAUGGAAUCCAACACAACCUUCUAUAGUCUAAAAUUCAACACUGUACCCACUACCACCCCAACCACCCUACAGCCCACCUCUACUCAGUCUAUCCCAGAGCCUAACAUCCAACCAAUGCUUACCAUCUCCACCCUGACCACCCCAGAGCCCAGCACCACCCCAGUUCCCACCAUGUCCAUCCUAACUACCCUCAAGUCCAGCAGCACCCCAAUGCUUACCACCUCUACCUUGACUACCCCAGAGCACAGCACCACUCCAGUGCCCACUACUGCCACCCUGACCACCCCAGAGCCCAGCACCACCCCAACUACUCUAGUGUCCACUAUUUCCCCAGUGCCCACUACUGCCACCCUGACCACCCCAGAGCCCAGCACCACCCUAACUACUCUAGUGUCCACUAUUUCCCCAGUGUUCACUACCACCUUGGCCACUCCAGAGUCUACCCCAAUUGAGAUUAUUUUAGAACAAUUUUUUACUACAGAGCUCACUUUACCCCCUACCUUAGAAUCCACAAUAAUCCCAGAGUGGAACAGCAUCCUAAAUUUCCAACAGGUGGCUCAAGCAAGUUCUGAUAUUUCCGAAAGCAAUGUUUUUCUCAAUUCUGACUUUUGUUGCCUCCUCCCCCUGGGCUUCUAUGUUCUGGGUCUCCUCUGGCUCCUAUUUGCCUCUGUGGUCCUCAUCUUGUUGCUGACCUGGAUCUGGCAUGUGACACCACACAGUCUGGACGUGGACCAAUCUGUUGCAUUGGCCACAAGCACACAGACAACAAGCCUGGAGAUGCAGAGGGCAAGGCAAGUAACUAUGCCCCGGGCCUGGCUACUCUUCCUUCAAGGAUCACUUCCUACUUUUCGGUCUAGCCUUUUCCUGUGGGUAAGGCCUAAUGGGCGUGUGGGGCCUCUGGUAGCAGGACGGCGACCCUCAGUUCUGAGUCAGGGUCGUGGUCAAGACCUAUUGGGCACAGUGGGCAUUAGGUACUCAGGUCAUAGUCUGUGACAGUGAGUGCUUUGGAGAUCCUAAGACUCCACUGGACUCUACUAGGAUCUAGCUGGAAUGGGAGAUUGAGACCAUUAUAGGACAUCCUAUUUACUUUUCCUUAAUCUGAAGCCCCCUCUUUACAUCUAGGCAUCCAAAUCCAGACCUCACAAAUCAAGAGAGGUAAUAGUGAGGUGAUGUAACUGGGUGGUCAUAGGACCAACCUCCUUACGUUGCUUAGAACAUUGCCAGGCUACAUAGUCACUGCUACCACUUAGUGGGAAAAAAAAGCUAGAACAAGCAAAUAGAAAUGGGGCAUGGCUCCCAUUCACACUUGGAAGAAAACUUGGAAAGCCAUUCAUCAGGACGGGAGCAUUAUCCCUAAGUAUCAUGAGUAUUUUUUUCCCCUGUCUAAUACUUUCUGGUUGUCUACCAGUGCUAUCAUUUGUAUAAUAAAAGUAUUUUUAAAAAAAAA